CCCUAGGAUAGUAAGGUUCGUUGUCAUUUGGUUUAAGCUUCAGGCCUCUCUUUUCCCUCUCUUAUUUGAUCAGUUGCAGGUUAAUUCUCACUGCUUUUCUUGUAGGGUUUUUAGGUAGACAAUAAGAAACGAACUGGUUUCAAUUUGGGGAUUUCACAUUUUGAAUAGAAACUGAUUUCCGUAGUUGUUUUAUUGGAAUUUGGAAGUUAAUUUUCAUCUAAAAGCUGUGAAGAGGAGAGAGGCUUCAAUUUGUGAAGCCAAAUAUUGCUGAUCAUGCCGGUAUCUGGAAAUGAAGAGGUUGGGGUUAAACCCAGUGUUGGGCAGUUUAGUGAAUACACUGCAGGUAUUCCUAUAAAGAAAAGAAGGUUUCCCUUUAUUUUGUCACCUUCUCAAUCAGCUGAAAAUUUGCCUUCGCUGCCCACUGAAAACGAAUUGGAGCAGAAAGGAUUUUCUAGUCUACUUCGAGGUUCAACUGUUUCGACUGAUACUAUUGUUGCAGCGAGUUCAGACCCAACUGAUGUUUUAUUGAGUUCACAUACCAGUGGUGUAUUAUCCAGUUCGAACGCCAGUGACAUUGCAGGGAGUUCGAAAACCAAUGUUAUAAAGGCUGAUGGUUUUACGGCAAGUCUGGAUAGUGGUAGUUUUGUUGCAACUUCUAAUGCUUCUGGUGUUGCAACGAGUUAUACUAGUGUUGCCACAUGUUCUAAUGCUUCUGGUGUUUCAAUGAAUUCUACAACUAUUAGUGCUGCAGCUGGUAGUGUUGCCGCAAGUUCUAGUGCUUCCAGUGUUGCAAUGAGUUCUACUUCUGUUAGUGUUGAAGCUGGUUUGAAUGCUGAUAAUGUUGCAGAAAGCUUUAAUGCUUCCAGUGUUGCAAUGGGUUCUACUGCUAUUAGUGUUACAGCUGGUUUGAUUGCUGAUAGGGCCGUGGAAAAUCCUACUGCUAGUAGUGUUGCUGGAAGUGUCUUGGGUAGUGUUUCUAGCUGUUCUGAAGCAAGUGAGAAAUUUGUACUAGAUAAAGAGAAGAGUGCUUCGGAUGAUACAAAUGGUAGCAUGGUGCAGGGUAAUACUAAUCUGCUUAGUGUAAAAGUUGAAGAACAAAGUUUUGCAGUUCACUCUAGGUCUUUGGUUGAUAUCAACAGAAAAGGGAGGCUCAUGGCAACUGGAGCAUCCGAAAAUACCCCGAGGAUAUCAGCAAAACUUGAACUGGACUUGGUAAGCAAUGAUUCUCUCACCAUUAACAUGGGGAAAGAUACGUAUAGUCAGAAAAAUGUAGAUGGGACUCUAGGAUCACAAUUACCGGAAGUUCCUGGGAACCCUGGAUUAUCUUUAGGUCUAGGGGAUUAUCUUUCAGCUACGGCUAGUGCAAAUAAUGAGCAAGGUUUUCAGAAUCAGGAAAAGGAAGAACCUGUUCCCUUGAAUCUAUCUUUAAGCAAAGCAGACUGCAUUGCUGAACUGAAAAGUACAGAAGUCCAGACUAAUACUAAGGGUGCUAAUAUGCUUGCUAAUAGAACAAACUGGGAUUUGAAUAUGACAAUGGAUUCUUGGGAAGGUCCUGGUGAUGAUGGUACAAGUAAAAUGACAAAUCAUAUGGAUGAUAUAAAGCCGGUAAUUUGCUCAGCUGGAAUGGCUGCUGCAAGCAUGCCUGCACAGCAGCAAAUUCGUGAAGAAAUUGAGCGCAGAGCCAAAAUUGAAAUGUUAUGGGUACCAUCUAGCCAGCAGUAUAGAUCUGAGGAUUCACUUUGUUUGGGCCUCGCUACUCCUUAUCUUCAUUUGAACCCCAAUGAAAUACUGUCAGGUUCAUCAGCUAAAGUUGUUUCAGGCGAAGUUGCUGCAAAUAUCAGUUCAACUGGGAAACCAGUACCUGCUUGCAAGUCGAACAUGGUUAACUACAAUCCUGUAAAAUCAGAACCACACGAUGAGAGCGCAAGGGGUGUUUCUGCUGGAAUUUCUGAACCUAUGGUCUUGUCAAGUAUCGCGCAGGUGAUGUCUGAAAAAAAUGAAAAGCUGAGUUCAGAAACAUUAAAAUCUUCAACUCUUAGUACCUUAAAUUCAGUUAAUUCUAUGUCCGUAAAACCUGAACCAGUUUGUGAGAGUAGCAAGAAAACACAAGAGAGAAUGGAUGGGAAAAUGAAUCAAUCCGAUGAGCAAAUGCUAGCUAAAGAAACUGAGACCGUUGAUGAUGGCCGGGUUGCUUCUAAAAUAAUUUAUUCUACUGGGCUUGAUGUUAAUGAAUCAAACGUAUCUGGCACACUAGAUAACUCUACUUCCCAUAGUACGAAGGUUGAAGACCCUGAUCAUUGCAGACUGAAAUCCAUGGAUGUACAACUGCCUGAUUCACGGGGGUUGGUUGAGGGUUCCGCUAGUGAUGAGGAAAAAAUUAAUUUAUUGGGUGAUGUCUUAGAGGAAGAGUCAUAUGGUUCUGAUUAUGAGUUGGAUGACGAACAGGAAUUAGCUGUUGUUGUGGGUAUAGAUCAUGACCGUAGAGAAGAAGAUGACUUCGAAGAUGGUGAGGUCAGGGAACCUGUGGAGAACCCCAGGAUAGAAGUUCCAAUAUGUGAGAAGAAAGAGACAGGAAAUGGAAAUAAUGGGGAGACUGCCUUUAAGGAUUUUGUAGAUCCAUCUUCAUCCUCAUUCGGAGAAAAAGAUCUAAGAGAAGACCCUGGAUUAACAGGUAAUGAUAAUACCAAUGAAUGCAUUGACACAUCUGUCUAUGAGGAUUUGACUACCGAAGCUGAUAAAGAGGUCUUUAUGCAAGAACCGUCUACUGUUGAGAUGCCUUCUAGUCAAGUUGACAAAAAGAGACCUAUUAAAGCCUUACCAAGAAAAUUGCCCAAUGUAUCUGUAAAGGAUACUGUUAAAGGGCAAGAGGGAGAACAAACAUCUAUUCAAUUCUCUGAUACAAGCCAGGGUACUUCAGCGACCAUUGCUCAAGGUGCAGAUGCUGCCAGAAGCUCAGAAGGAAAAAUCAAGUCUAUUUUACCAAAGCUAGAAGCAUUUUCAAAUGUUGAUGAUGCAGGUAAAGAUGUUGACAAUGGAGGUAGGAAUCGAAUUAUAAACUUGCCUCGAGCAUCUAAUCUGUCAUCUCCUGGUAGAACAAGAUCUAUUUCAGGCAGGGCAUUGCAGUCACAAGUAGGAAGAGAGAGGCUGCCUGAUGUUGCCCUGGAAGGAGAUAAGUUGCAUCCUCGAGGGAGAGAUGAAGCUUGUGCUGACAGUUCACAUAGAUUCCCAAGAGAGAGAGAUCAUGUUCAUCCAUCCAGAAAUAAUAGAAUGAAUUUUAUGUGUGGAAGAGGUAGGAUUUCCAGUCGGAUAGUCACCCUGCACGGUGAUCAGGAUUCAGAUUGUAACUUUGCAGGUCCUACAGAAUUUCGCAUAGUGAGAAAUAAAUAUGCAUCUGCUGUUUCAGAUGCAGAUCUAAACUUUAGUGGCUAUAAUAAUGGGAAAGACGUUGCAUAUUUUGGUACAGGAAGAGGUGGGAGAAAGAUCUUGAAUGAUUCAUCAAUUUUCCCCCAGUUACCCCCAAGGAGGCGGUCUCCUGGUGGGAGAGAUGGACCUGCAGUACGCGGGCUUCAAAUGGUUCGCAGAAUUCCGAGAAAUCUUAGUCCAAGUCGAUGCAUUGGUGAAGAUGGAUCUGAAAUAGUUGGAUUGAGGCAUAUGAGAGGUUUUGCUGAUGAUGAUCACACAAACCCAAUGUUUGCGCGCUGCCAACCUUCAUUUGAUGGAUUAGACGGUCCUUUUGUGAGGGGGAAUAGGGAAUUUACUACUGUUCAGAGAAGGGGCCUUCAACGAACUUGUUCAAAGUCUCCUACCAGACCACGAACUCGUUCUCCUAGUCCAUGGUCUUCUCUCAGGAGGAGAUCACCUGAUGGAUUUGGAGGGCCUUUGGAAUUACCUCUUCGAAGAUCUCCACCAAUUUACAGGAUGGAGAGGAUAAGGUCACCUGAUCGUCCUUGUUUUAAUGGAGAUAUGGGUAUCAGAAGACACAAAUCUCCUUCAUAUUUGUCUCGACCAUCUAAAGAUUUGAGGGACAUAGAUCCUGAUCGAGAUCAUGGUCAUCCAAGGUCUGGCAUCUCUAAUAGGAGCCUGUCAGGGCGGGUUUUACUUAGAAACAGAAGGUUGGAUCUUGAUCCUCGAGAAAGGAAUGACGGUGAUGAUUACUUCGGUGGGCCUAUGCAAUCUGGCAGGUUUCAUGAGAUUGGAAAUGAUGGGAAUGGUGAAGAGAGGAGGAGGUAUGCUGAUAGGCGAGGACCUGUUCGUCCUUUUAGGGCUCCUUAUAGUGUUACUGAUAGUGAGAAUUUUCAUCUUAAUACUGAGGGUGGCCCUAGAUCAUUUAGAUUCUGUCCAGAAGAUGAUUCAGAGUUGCAUGAAAGAGGAACUGUGAGGGAAAGAGAAUUUGAUAGACGGAUCAAAAAGCGAUCAGGGAAUGCUCCUCCUAGGAGGGCACGAAACAUUGAGGAUCACGAAGGAAAUUUCAGGCAUGGUGGUCAAAAUUGGCAAGAUGAUGGAAUCGAAGAUGUGUCACAAGUGAAGCGAAAACGAUUUUGAGUAGGUUUCUUUAUGCCGUUAGUCACUGUUAAAUGGUGUAAGUUAUCGGAGCAGCAGGGCAGAAUCUGUUAAUUCUGUUUCCUACAUGUUUAGGGAUACUAUGUAUAAUGUAUACCAUUUUUCUCUAUUUUCUUCA